UGCACAGAUGGGAGGCUCAAUGGCUGUAGUACCUCGUCUUCUUCGGCAUCCUGUUCCCAAAGUUUGUAUGCAGCAACUAGUAACUUGUGCGGAGGCAAAAUUUCAAGGCGGCCAUGGCCCAUGGCGGAAGACGGAGCUGGAGAAAGGCGACGGGCCAGUCUCCAAUAGUAAUGGCGGUGCCGAGCUGCUGCUGUCUCCAAUAUAACAGACUGAAGGCGGUUCGGGCGAUCGAUCCGGAACGUAUGUGUACGUGCGUGAGAUCUGACGGCUGAGAGCGCCGUGCGUGAUCUGAGAGCGGUUUUAUUUUGUUUCUUAAUUAAUCGCAACACUAUUCCCUCAACCGAGCGAACGACCAGAGAGGCCUCCUUCCCGAGUUCCUGCCCCGCCGCCGGCCGAAGCCUCUGCUGCCCCGCCGCCGGUACAGGAACCCAUCAGCGCCACCCACCGUCGAGUAGCCGCUUCCGCCCGGAGCUACGCCGGCGACCAGUCCAUACUCCAUAGGCAGGUUCCACCGGAGGCCAUGGUGCCGCAGCACGGCAUCCUCCUCGCCAUGGGCCUCAUAUCCGACCACUUCGGCCCCCUCGUAGCUAAAGUGUGCGACUGCCUCCUCCGUCACGGAGCGCUGCAGCUGCCGGAGAUUGUCCGCCGUCUCAAGCUCCCGCCGGGCCAAGUGAAGAACUCUCUCCUUGUCCUCAUCCAGCACAAUUGCGUUCAGGCCUUCUCAUCGACCAGAGGCAAUAGGAUGGUGACGCUCUACCUGGCCAUCUUCGAUAAUGUCCUGCAUCGGCUGCGCUUCUCAAAGUUCAUCUCUGUUAUCCGUGCAGACAUUCCAGAGUCAGAAGCUCUUAUUGAGGGUUUGCUUCAGAAUGGUAGGCUAACAUUCGACCAACUUGUGGGACGAACAAUCUCUAAAGUGCCAGAAGGCACCAUCCGACCAGCAAGGGAAGAGAUACGAAUAAACUUCAACAGACUUGUGUAUGCACGUUAUGUGGAACGUUGCCCAAAACCUGAACCAUCUUUUGAUCCACUCGGAGAUGAACAGUCUACAUCUGCGAGGAGAAGAGUUCCAAAAACCGCCGAGGAGGUUCUUUCACUUGAGCAGAAAGUUGUCAAUACUGCAAACCUUUCUGACCCAGAAAGAUUUUCUGAGAUCCCAUACAGCGUGGAGGAUGCAUCAAAAACAAAUGAUUGUCCUCAUAACGCAGUUGUUGGUGCUAAGCGGAAACACGGAGCCUUUGAGGUAGAUGAAGAGCUCAACUCAAACAUUGCCGAGAAUGAAGUACUUUGGCGGGUAAACUUUGAUAAAUUUAUAUUCUGUCUAAAGAAGAAGGUAUGUUGCUGUUAUCAUAGCUACUAUGGGUAGCAUAUUUUUAACUGGGCAAUUCUCUUAUGCUUAAUUAAUCGAUAGGCAAAUCUUUUGCCUCCUUUUCCAAAAAAAAUGGGUAGCAUAUUUAUGUAGGUUUCUUCAUCUUAUUUUUAUCUGAAGCCAAAGUGAAAUGAAAUUUGUACAGUAAAAAGAGGACAACUCUAAGAAAAAAGAAUGUACUUCUUUGUGAACAUAUAAGAGCUUCUGCACUAUAUUGAAUCAAAGUACAUAGCCAUGCUACCUUAGUGAAAAGCACACGCUUUUUACCCUAUCAUGUUGAGCCCCUGUUCUUCUCAAAUCGUACCCAGUCAUUUUUUCGAGAAAACGCAAAAAGCCUUUGCGUUUCAUUUCAUUGAAAAGAUGGAUGGCCUCCUAGGAGGUGUGUCGUUACAUGUUUUUGUAAUUGGUCAGUGUACAUCCCAGGUUGUGGGCAGGACAACCCGAAGCCCCUGGGCGCCUGCCUUUGCCCAACAUCGGGCCUCCUCUUUGAUCCUAUCCACUAGUGUUGCGAUGGAUGGUGUAGCAUUGUCGAAGACGCAUGCAUUCCGGUGCGUCCAUAUCAUCGAGGGGACGAGCAAAGUGAUAGACUUGAGGGCUUUGCGCUGCGCCGGUGGUGUUCCCUCCCUUGCGCGCCGCCACCACUCCAUGACGCUGGGCUCUUGAUCAAGCGGCUGGGCCGGCAAAUGGAGCCAGUUGAGGAUGGUGUGCCAUGUCUGGCGUGCAAAAGGGCAGGCCAGGAGCAGGUGCUGCAGCGUUUUGACUGCCUGGUCGCAAUGGAGACACCUGGGGUGAUGAUCCAGCCCGCGCCUGGCGAGUCUUUCGGCCGUCCAGCAGCGAUCUUGGGCUGCCAACCAGUGAAAGAACUUCACCCUUGGUGGUGCCCAGGUUUUCCAUACCAGCUGCCAUGAGGGGCAUCAUGUAGAACCCUGGAAACUUGCCGCAUAGCAUGAUUGUGCCGAGUAGCGGUCGUUGGCCGUCCACCUCCAGAGUAAGCGGUCCGGCUUGUUACCGAAAAAGGGUUUCCCCCCGCUUUGUAUUCCAAAGCAAACAACACCGAUACAGGAUUGCUGGGGCGAACAGCACAACAAGCCAAAAUGAAAAAGAAGAAGAAGCAAAUGCCAACAAUGGCAGCUCGACAAGCGCGGAUGACCCGCCACCGCUACGCCCACCAGAGACAAACCACUACAGCCCGAGGCUCCGAGCCACCGCGAACAAAACAGCACCUCCAAGAAGGAAAGCGAUGCCAAUGACGCUGCUGCCCGGACAUGUCCUAGGGUUUCCCCGGCAUGCGGAGGGAGGUGGGGGAUGGAUAUCACCGACACCCUUCAGGAAGGAAUGGUGGCACCCGUAGGUGUCACCGCAUCGGAGCCGAAGACCGGCAAAGAUUUCUCCCGUACUCCAAUCCCCACCGCCCAACGGACCGGAGCCGAUCAGCCAAAUCGCCGCCCACCACCAUGCGCCAUCGCGGUUGCGCCGCCACCCACGCCGCCUCACUACGAACAUCCACACGAGGCCAAGAGGACCGGAGAGAAGUGCCCCGCGGAGGGAGAAGCAGCACCGAAGCCGAACGGGAGGGAACCACCUCCACCGCCGUCGUGCGGGAGGAUAGAGCCUCCGGCACCGUCGCGGUAGCCGUCCGGACGCGGCAGCAGGGCAUGCCAGGCCACCCCAGGCCCGGCCAGGCCCGAAACGGGCCCGCUAAGCCCUGCCUCCACGCUGCAGUAAGCCGGCGAUGGCGCCGCCAGCACCCUGCCGCUCAUCGCCGCUCCCCCGCCUCCCGGAAGCCACGAAGCAGACCCACCCCGCGCCAGCCCGCCCAGGCCCAGAUGGGGCCCGAAGGGCCCAGAUCUGGGCCGAGCGGGCGCCGCCAGACCGCGCCGCCGCGUCGCCCUGCCGCCAACGGCGACGCCGCCGACCAGAAGCCCGCCCCCGCUCGCGCCAGGAACCCCCGCCGCCGCGCUGGACCGUCGCCGCCGAGAAGCACCACCCGGGGUCGCCCCGUUCCGCGCCGGUGGACACCCGAGAGGGGAAAGGCAGGGGGCCGCCGCCACUAGCGUCGCCCGGGCCAGGCCCGCAGCGGGCGCCGGCGACGGCGGCAGGGAGGAAGGGGGAGGGAGAGUUGCGCGGGGGAGGAGGCUGGACGCGAUCGGCCGCCCGCGGGGGCGCCGCGGUAGCGGGAGAGGAAAGAGGGGGGGGGGCGUCGGUACACUCAGCGGUCCGGCUUGUUAGAAAGGGUGGUGUGGUGGCUCACAGCAUGCCAGAGGAGCAGGUAUUGGCCUAUCUCAUGCAGCCCCAGUGUCCCCUGGAUAUCGCGCGCCCAAGUGUUGUUGGCUAGCCCAUCGGCAACCGUCCGUGCUUUAUUGGGGAUGCAUUGGUAGAGUAAUGGGGCGAUGUCAAGGACAGACUGCCCGUUGAUCCAGCGUUCCUCCCAGAACAGUGCCGUCAAACCAUUGCCGAUGCUCAUGGUGGUUGAUGCAGAGAACAUUGCUCGCUCCUCAUUAGUGAAUUGCAUGUCGAGCCCUUGCCGGGCGCGGUCAGGGUCCACGCGGGCAAGCCACAUCCAUCGUAUGCGCAAUGCCAACCCAGCGCGUUCAAGGUCGCGGACCCCGAGGCCGCCGUACUCGAUGGGUCUGCAUACAUGGCGCCAAUUGACGUGGCAGUGUCCGCCAUUGGCAAUGGCACGGCCGGCCCACAGGAAACCUCUCAGGAUCUUCUCCAGCUGCUUCAAUGUUUUCUUAGGCGGGGCGAACGCGAGCAACUGGUGCACGGGAAUCGCGCACAGAACGGACUUGACCAGUGCGAGCCGCCCAGCCUUGUUCAUGAGCCACGCUUUCCAAGUCGGGAGUCUGGCAGCCAUCGAGUCGACGAUGGGCCGCAACUGGGUGGCAGUGGGUCGACGUGUCAUCAGCGGAAUGCCGAGGUAAGAUAUGGGGAGCUGCGCUACCGGGCAUCCAAGCUGGGAGGUCGCCUCAUCGGCCGUCGGAUCGCCAUGCAGGGUGGUGGCCGAGCUCUUGGCGUAGUUCACCAGCAGUCCGCUCGCCUUGCCGAAUAGGGUUACGAUUCCUUUGAUGGCGGCAACAUUCUCCGGUGUGGCGUGGCAGAAUAGCAUCACAUCAUCCGCAUAGAGAGAGAUCGCUGGGAUGGGGCGCCUGGGAUGGAGCUGCCGCAGGAUGCCGGCGUCCAUAGCCCGGCGCAUCAGCCUGCCAAGCGUGUCCACGGCGAGCACGAAGAGCUGGGGGACACGGGGUCGCCUUGUCUCAGGCCAACGCGGUGCCAUAUGGGGGGUCCUGGCUCUCCAUUCAGCAGGACGCGAGUGCUCGCUGUCGAAAGCAGGAUUGCGAGCCACUCCAUGAAUCUGUCUCCGAACCCGUAUUGUCGCAGGACCUCAAAUAGAAAUGGCCAUGAUAUGGUGUCGAAGGCGCGCGUUAAGUCGAGCUUCAGCAUGAUCCGUGGAGCCCCUAGCUGGUGUAGCAUCCGUAGAGAUUGCUUGACUAGGAUGAAGUUGUCGUGUAGGCUCCGGCCCUGGAUGAAUGCGUUUUGGUUCCGACUGACUAGAACAUCCAGCCUCGGGGCGAGGCGUAACGAGAGGACCUUGGCGAAGAUCUUGGCCACAAGAUGUAUCAAGCAAAUUGGCCGGUAAUCGCUUAGCUGUUGGGCAUCGGCUCGCUUGGGGAGCAGGGUCAUCAGGGCUUGGUUCAACUUGUGGAAGCCGCGGCCUCUCAUCUCGAACAACUGCUGGAAGACAUCCAUGAAGUCAUGUCGAACAGUUGUCCAGCAGGCCCGCGAGAAUUCGGUGGUGAACCAGUCAGGUCCCGGCGCCUUGCGGGCGGGGAGGCGUUUGAUCGCAUCCCAGACCUCCUCCACGGUGAAUGGUGCAUCCAAGAUGGAGAGGUCGCAAGGCUCGAUGAGCUGGUCCAAAUCCAGCAUGAGCUCCCUGUCUGCAGCCGAGCCCAGUAUCCUGUCAAAAUGCUCAAAAGCAGCUCGCGCCAUCGUGUCCUGGUUUGUGAGUAUGUGCCCAUCCACUGCGAGGCUGUAUACUCGAUUCUUCUGUCGGGGAAAAGAGCAUUGCAGAUGGAAGAAACCUGUAUUGGCGUCGCCCUCCUUGAUCGUGGCAAUGCGUGCGCGCUGCCUAGCAAUGGUGCGCUCCAGGGACGCAAGGCCAAGGUAUGUGAUCUUGAGGUGCUUCCUCAGCCAGUCUUCAGGCGGUGAUAAAGCGCGGUCCUCCUGGGCCUUGUCGAACCGUGAUAUGAGCUCGCGGGAAAUGGCCAUUCGGUCCUGAAUGCUGCCAGUAGACUUGUCACUCCAGCUGGUGAGUCUACGGGCUGUGGCCUGAAGGCGCAGCAUCAAGCGGUGAAAGGGGUCCGGGUCGUAAACCGAGCCCCAGGCCACGGCCACCGUGUCCUGAAAUCCAUCUAGCCUGAGCCAGAAAUCCUCAAAAUGGAAGCGCCUGUACGCCGUGGGCAUGGGUGCGCAGUCUAACAGCAGCGGGCAAUGAUCUGAGACGACGGACGCAAGGCAGCGGAGAUGGCACUCGCCGUGUGCGUCUUCCCAGUCCGAGGUGCAGAGCACGCGAUCUAGGUGCACCAGGGUAGGCGGGGACUGCUCGUUGGACCAUGUAAAGCGGCACCCGUUGAGGUAAAUUUCUUUCAGGGCGAGAUCAUUGACAAGGCGGCGAAACCUGCCCAUCAUUCGCCUAUUCAAGUUGCCAUUGCUCUUGUCCUCGUCACGUAGGAUGAGGUUGAAGUCUCCGCAUAGCAUCCAUGGUCCAGGGCAAGCUGCACGGAUGUCCCGGAGCUCUUGCAGGAACGCAAUUUUGUCCGCGUCAUCCUGGGGUCCGUACACGACCAAAAGCCACCAGGGUACGCCCGUGGUCGUGGUAACCGUGGCGGUGAGGGCGUUCGUGGUGAACAGAGGGUGCGUGAUAGAUACCACCCUGCUCUUCCAAGCCAGAAGAAUGCCGCCUCGCGUGCCAUUCGCCAGGAGAUAUGUGUAAUCAUCAAAUUCUGAGCCAAGGGUGUCGAGCACAACAGACGAGCAGAGCAAUUCCAUCUUCGUUUCCUGUAGGCAUACAAUGGAGGCAACCGUGGUGUCCAACAGCGAGCAGGCGGCAAAGCGCCAAGCGCGUGCGUUAAGGCCACACACAUUCCACACUACAAUCCUAAGGCCGUGAUCCAUGAAUAUUGGAUCGACGAGCGAAACCAUGCGCCUCUCCUAGGCUUCAAACGCAACCUCGACCCGUGCCGGUGUGGUUGGCAGGCUGGUCAAACCCUCCGGGAUCUCUCGAUCGACCAGGGCAGCAAUGGCCUUGAGCAUCGCAAGCGGGAUGGGUGUUGCGAACAUGCCCUCCGUACGCCGGCGCUUGCGGCCGCGUCUACGCGCCCGGCCCGGGCCAUUGCCUCGGGCAUGGUCGUGGCAGUCUCCGGCGCCGCCUCCGGCGCCAUCUCCGUCACCAGCGCCAGGUCCAUUGCUUCCUUGAUUGCUAGGCGCGGGGGCUCCGAUCCUCUCCGCCCGAGCAAGAGAGAUGGAGAUUGGGUAGGUGAGGGUCCUAAUGGUUGGCGCUUCCGAACGUACCCUUGCUGGAAUCUGCUCCACGAUCUCAAGAACAGCAGCGCGGCGGAUGCUGGCCGGAUCAUGCGCGCGCCCUGCCAGCCGGAAUGUGGCCAUGUCCUCUCUGGAGCGCGUGUUGGGAUGAAGCCGCUCGAUCCAGCAGCUCUCCCCCAGGAUGUGCUCAGCAGUCGAUAGAUGCCAGGCCUGAGCGGGGAUGCCCCGAAGCUCAAGCUCGACGCGAUACUUGAACUGGCCAGAGCCCGCAUGGGCCAGCUUGCUCCAAGGCCGGACAGAGAGGGUGAACCGCGGGGAGCUGAUGAAGUGGUCUCCAUUGAGGCGGCGCAUAGUCGUGCGCGAGCUGAACAGGAUCAGGAAAUCCUCGGGGUGGUGAGCAUGUACCGUGAAGUCGUCGUCUUCGAGCUCUAGGGAGGUCAGGAGCACAUCAGCCACCUCGGUAGCGGACACGGUCGGCCUGUUGCCAGUGAUGGAGGCUACCAUUGCACGGGACAGGACCUCCUCGGCCUCCUCCAUCUCCACAGAAUGCGACAUGAUUAUCCUCACCGGCUCCGGCGCGCGUGGCAAGGGCGCAGCGGCCGAGGCGGCGGGAGGAGGCGGAGGUGGCUGCGCGGCCUGGGGCGCCCGCGCCCGAGCAGCAGGGCGAGUGCGGUCAGGGUCGGCCCGGACGGCUCUCCGGCGCUGUGGGUUGCAGGAGCGCGAGUCGUGGCCGGAUUCCAGGCAUCGGCAGCACCGAAUGUCGUUGGUGCAGUCCCGAACACGAUGACCAGGGUCGAGGCAGCGGAAGCAGAGUCCAGCGACCUCUUCCGGGGAUGGGCUGCGCCGUUGGCGUGGAGUCGUACUGGGCUCGUCGUCUUGGCGGGGGCGGCGGCGACGGUUCCGGCGCCGCGGCUGCUGGAAGCCGUCGGCGUCGACCUGGACGCUGCUAGGGGCACGGUGCACCUCGGAGCGGGGGCCGAUGCGGCUCGCAACGGGUAGUCGAGGCUGGUCGACAGCGCGUGCGGGAGCGAGGAGAGCGAGCGGCGCGGGCAUAGCCGGCGGUGUGCAUGCGACGUCGCUAUACGAGCGGGCCAAGGACUCGCUCUCCGAAUCGUACCAGCGGUCACCGGAGGACACGCGGUCGUCGGAGAGGGUCGCCCGGGACUCGACAGGGUCAGCACUUGGGGCCGCCAUGGCUAGGGGAGGUGCUGGGUGGGCUGACGGCGGGGAUUCGCCGGCGGCUGGGCUGGAGGGUGGGAGGGCUAGGAGGAGCGGGGAGGGAGGGGAGCGAGCGGAGCCAUCGCAAUGUAUCGUACCCAGUCGUUCCCCCCCCUCUCUCUCUCUCUCACACACACACACACAAUACCACUGUCGCUAGUAUAUCUCCUGAAACCAAGCUGAUCAUGAACAAUGGAAGCACAAACAGUUGGUGAUCUUUGGGGUCGAUGACAUCUUGACAAUGUCCUUGACCAUGGAGAUGAUCUCGCAGACAAUACCGAGGAGUUUUGUCGCGUGUCCGAGCUGCUCCUCAGAGGCGAUGGGCCAGAGCUGUGAGUGACAACAGAGCCAACCGAAGCGGCAGCCAGCAGCUAGGGUGGGCAUGCUGUUGUGUGGGCCAUGAAAGUUAUUCUCUCACGCUGUGGUCGGUUUCAGCUUAAGAGGUUGAUGCUAUGAUUUAUUUUCCAGCUUGAACUUAUCAUUCCAUUGUAUAAUAUGGAACUCAGUAGCUUCUCUGGCAUCUAGCGCUAAGGGUUACCUGUCAUGUACAGGACCGUGUUGUUGUACUGCACCUGCCUUUUGUGCCAAAAAUAAGUUAAGUUGAAUGAGGAAUUAUUCACAUAGCAGCACCCCCUGCCCCCACCCCCAUACACCCACAAAAAGAUACUCCCUCCGUUCACUUUUAUAAGUCGUUUCAGACAACCGAAAUCGAGCUGUUUUGCACACUAUCUGAAAUGUCUACAGCGCCUUAUCUAACAUAUAAAAGCUGCUAGAGUACCCGCCCAUCUGAAGCCACCGCGUGCGCCACGCUCGUUCGGCCGCCCGAUUUUUUACUGUCGCUCCGCUUUUGGCUGCUGGCGUGUGGUGGGCCGUCCGUUUUUUUUCACGUUCAUGACUGUCUCCACAGUGAAUGACGAGUGGGCCUCGUUACAAGUCGGGUCAAGAGAAUGGCGUGGCUCUCGUCCAAUUCUGUGUAACAGAAGCAACAAGCCCUAGAUCAACGAGGGGUAAAAGGGAAAAAGUAACGCAGCAGCCUUAUCUCCUCGCUCACUCCUUCCUCUCUCUCCCACGCCGCCCCUUCCCUCUCCCCGCUCGUCUCCUCAUCUCCUCUUUCCUCGACGCCGGCUCCCCUGCUUGCCUCUCCGACCUGGGCCAGAGCCUCGCCGGUCGCUCCCCCCAGCCGGCGCCCACUAGCUGCUUGCGUGGAGGGGAGCUUCUCCGAUGGCGACGGCGACCACCAUCCAGGCCUCCUUGCUCACCUUGGAGAUGCAGAGGAGGAGGAGCCGCGCCUGCGGGAGCUCUCCACGGAGGAGGAGAUUUCGUGGCGGUGGUGCGGAGCGUACGGCAGUGGAGGGGCUGGAGAGACCGGGCCCACAUCGCUGAAGCAGUGGGCGUGGAGCAGGGGAGGAUGAGGGCGAUGGGCAUGAGGGAAGGAGCAGCGAGGUCGGAGUUCCAGGGGAUGCCGGCCGUCGUCACAUGUCCCCAGUAUCUGAGGAACAAAAAGAAGGGGAUGAAUCUUGAGGAAGAGCUUGGCUAAGAACAAGAUCUGAGGAACAAAAAUAAGGGGAUGAAUCUUGAGGAAGAGCUUGGAUAAGAACAAGGUGUUCGUAAUGGCAACGGUUGUAAUCAACGAUGAGAAAAAGGGACUGAGAUUGGAUUUGUACUAGGCAUGUUCCUCAUCUCUCUCAGUCCUUGUUCCUAUCCCCACCCUGAUGUAACUGUUUCUUCACAACUGUUGGAUGUGUCUUAGGAGAUAAAUGCCAUGAAUUGUUUA